GCAGCUUCAGCUGCGAUUACUAAACUUCACUGGGCGCUCCUCUGUCUUUAAGGUUCUUUAAAGUGUUGAGGGUGGAAAAAAAAAAAAAAACUCCCUGCCUCCUCCCCUCUGCCAGCCCCAUCUUUCCUGUGGAAGAAGAGGGGCAGUUGGUGUGCGCUGCGGUGGAGGAAAGGUGGUUCACAGCAACACGGGAGCUCUAAAAUCUGACAAAUCUCAUCUGUUUCACAUCCAUUCAAGAUAAGAGGGCAUCAACCCGGGCGCUCCGUGGAGGUUGUUUGGAUAUUUGAGUGGAGGUCAGACGGUAAAAGUCCGCAGACAUGUCGCCUUUCCUGCGGAUCGGAUUCUCCCACUUUGAGAUGGAUCCUAGUCUGGCUUACCAUGAGGAGGUGCUGAACCCAUACUGCGCUGUUUAUAUGAAGGAGGCCAUUGACACAGAGAAGGGUCAAGUGUACAAGCAGAAAAAGCCCACCAUGUAUCCCCCCUGGAGCACCACGUUCGAUGCACACGUCCACCGCGGGCGCAUCAUGCAUGUGAUGGUAAAAGACCGGACAGCCGAGCUCAAGUCUGAGGCCACGGUGGCUCUGGACUCGCUGGCGACGCGGUGCAAGAAGGAGAACGGCAAGCUGGAGAUUUGGUUGGAGCUGAAGCCGCAGGGACGCAUGCUCAUGGAGGCUAGAUAUUAUCUGGAGAAAAGUGAUGCUGCAGGUCAGACCGACGGAGACCCAGAGUCCGAGCGGGAGAGAGAGGGCCUGUUCACUCUCCAUCAGCGACGCGGCGCCAUCAAGCAGGCCAAAGUUCACGUGGUCAAGUGUCACGAGUUCAGCGCCACGUUCUUCCCUCAGCCCACCUUCUGCUCCGUCUGCAAAGAGUUUGUGUGGGGUCUUAACAAGCAAGGCUACCAAUGCAGACAGUGCAAUGCAGCUAUCCACAAAAAAUGCAUAGACAAAGUUAUCGCCAAAUGCACUGGUUCAGCCAUAAACAGCAAGGAAACGAUGAUCCACAAAGAGCGCUUCAAGAUCGACAUGCCUCACAGGUUUAAAGUCUACAAUUACAAAAGCCCCACCUUCUGUGAGCACUGCGGGACUCUGCUGUGGGGGCUCGCCAAGCAGGGGCUCAAAUGUGAGGAAUGCAGCAUGAAUGUGCACCAUAAAUGCCAGAAGAAAGUAGCCAACCUCUGUGGGGUCAACCAGAAACUGAUGGCUGAGGCUCUGGCCGUCAUUGGGAGCAAACAGCAGGCAAAAAGCACCAGAGACUCCGACAUUAUUGGCCGGGAAGGUCCAGUUACUGUUGCCCAGCCGGGAGUAGUGCGAGCUCCAUCGGGGCAAGUUAUGAGUUCACCAGCCUCGGGUAUACCUGCAAGCAAAGAUUAUCAGGGCGUUUCAUGGGAGGGACCAGCAGAUGUCAGCAGGUCGGUCAGCGAGGUGUUGCCAGAAGAGCCUCUGUACGCUGUUCCGAGGAAAGAUCACCAACCCAAGUUCACCAUCGACGACUUCACCCUGCACAAGAUGCUCGGGAAAGGCAGCUUUGGCAAGGUGUUUCUAGCAGAGCUGAAAAAGAGCGGGGAGUUUUUUGCAGUGAAGGCUCUGAAGAAAGAUGUGGUGCUGAUGGACGAUGAUGUUGAGUGCACCAUGGUAGAGAGGAGGGUUUUGUCUCUAGCCUGGGAAAAUCCCUUCCUCACACAUCUUUACUGCACCUUCCAGACUAAGGAAAAUCUGUUCUUUGUAAUGGAGUAUCUGAAUGGAGGGGAUCUCAUGUUCCACAUCCAAAACUGCCACAAGUUUGGCUUGCACAGAGCCACCUUCUAUGCAGCUGAGAUCAUCUGUGGGCUCCAGUACCUGCACUCUAAAGGAAUUAUUUACAGAGACCUGAAGCUGGAUAAUGUGCUGUUGGACUCAGAUGGUCAUAUAAAGAUAGCGGACUUCGGCAUGUGUAAGGAGAACAUGAAGGACGACAUACGGACCUCCACCUUCUGCGGGACCCCAGACUACAUCGCCCCAGAGAUCCUGCUGGGUCAGAAGUAUAACAGCUCUGUGGACUGGUGGUCGUUCGGAGUGCUGCUGUACGAGAUGCUGAUCGGUCAGUCUCCGUUCCACGGGCGCGAUGAAGAGGAGCUGUUUCAGUCCAUACGGACAGACAACCCCAUUUAUCCCAACUGGCUCAGCAAAGCUGCCAAGGACAUACUCAUCAAGCUGUUUGUGAGGGAACCAGAGGAGCGUUUGGGAAUCAAAGGGAACAUCAGGCAGCACAGCUUCUUCAGCAGCACAGACUGGAACGCUUUAGAGCAACGACAGGUGCCGCCGCCUUUCAAACCAACCAUAACGUCACCCAGUGACUGCAGUAACUUUGACAAAGAGUUCAUCAACGAGAAGCCCAGGCUAUCGUGUGCCGACCGCACGCUCAUCAACAGCGUCGACCAGACGAUGUUCAAAAACUUCUCCUUCAUAAACCCCGGGAUGGUUCGCAUCGCCGCACGCUGACCGCCCGAUCAAAAGGCUACAACCUACAAACAAGCUGCUCACUCACAACCAGCAGUUACUGUAACUGGAACAUACUUUGGAAUGUGAAUGCGGGAAAACUCGGCUCUAUUCAGAAACAGGAUGAUGGUAACCACUAACCGGAUAUUCCUGGGUAUAAGCAGAUACAACACAACUGUGACCAGAUCUGUAACUUUUACACAAAUACCUUUAAAAUGUUCCUGUAGUUAGCUGUGAUACCUCAGAGUUUAGUCAGCUAAAGAUAUACAUUUUCUUAUAGUGUAAUUCUGACAGCACGUAACUGGCGUGGUUUUAUUUUGUCAUAAAACUAUUCGCACAUUGCACACUUGUCCAAAUAAUCAAAAAAAAAAAAAAGAGGGGAAAUGUUCAGCUGACAUGUUUUGAGGCCUGUACUAUGAAGUUGGAUUUGGGGCUUAGCGAAGUAACUUUAGGUUUAAGUCUGGGUUUUCAAAGUCAGCAAGCCGGUUCACAUCUUAACAGUGUCCUAACAUAAGCUAACCUGCUCCAGACUGCAUUAUGACCUACACUCACAUGCAGAACCAUCACUUAGUGAUCAAUCAGUUGUCUGGAAAACAGCAUCACUAUUUCUGGAAGAUUCCACAAACCUCAGUGUGCUGAUAGUAAAACGGUCUGUAAAUUUUAAAGACCCAAAUUUUUAUGUUGUUCUCAAUCUGGGUACUUAAGCCUUUUAUUUACUACUUGCAAGUAAGUCAACAUACCAUUUUAAUUAUAUUUUUUUUUAUAGCCAUAAUCAUAAGACAGUAAUAGUGAUAGCUCUACUAAGUCCUCAGUCACACAAGCAUUGAGACUAGUUGGCGAUCCCCUGGCAACUACCAGUCGCUGGGGUAAAGUGUGUGUUUCCCACCAGUUGGUGGGUGAAAUUGGUCGUAAAAAGGGUGCUGCACCAAAAACCUUCCUUUUUGGAUUCCUUUGGUUGCCUGUAGUUUGCAGUGAAGAUGCUGAAUUUUCUGCAAACACUCAACAAGCAGUGAAACUCAAAAGUGCAAUGCAAACUGUAAAUGGAGACUUUGGGGUGGACGGUAAAUGUUGCACCCUAAAUGUGCAACUUUUACUUUGAAGGUUUGUGUCACACUGACCACAGCAAUCUGCCAGCAACCACGGCAAUCACAAGGUUUUUGGUGAAGCGCCGUAUACCUCUUUGCAACCACUUUCAUCUAGCGACUCCCAGCAAGCCCUCGCCAACUGGUUGGGCAAUACAUUUUUACCUAGUGGAUGCCAUGGGGGACGCUGGCUGGUCUCUAGGCCCACCUCAGUGGGUCCUUUUGGUCAGUAAACUGGGUUUACCGUCACUUGAAUGUUAAUAAAGUCCAGACAGAUAUUUGCAUGCCAUUUUAUGUUUUUUAAUCUGAAAAAUACCCUACCAUGAAAACAGUUGAUGAAGAUGAGUUGGGUUAGCUUCGAAGCAGCAGACCUGUCCACCUAUGUGAUUGGUCAUCAUAUGAAUGUGCUCAUAGCUACACUGGGAAACCCUGGAUGGACUCAGCCAGUUUAUAACCACCUUCGAUCGCCAUUGUUAGUGUAACUGAAGGCAGAUAAGCUGAAGGUAUUUGGUAGUACAGGCCUCGUGCUUAUUGGGCUGUAUCUAUAAAUAGAAAAUGUACUUGUAGUAAUUUUAUGGUGCCUCAGAAUAUUUUAUGAAUUUCUUCCAAGUAAAUCAAACUGAGAAAGUUGGUUCAACCAGAUGAAAUCUAGUUUUCUUGUCCUAUUCCACAGUAUAAACUUUUUUUUAAAUUAUUUUAUUGCCUCUUUUUUUUUGGUAUGUAAAUAAAUCAUCUGAUUCAUCUGAUAUACUGUACUGUCACUUGGUUGUAGAUCUGUUAAUGUAUUGAAGUUUAAUAACAGGGUUAUUGUUUACAUGUGUUUUCCUAUUAUUGUAUCUCAGGAGUUUUGUUGUUUUAAUGAUCAGGUUCUCCCUGCUUACUGUAGUUUUGAUGUUCCCUUCAUUGUGAAUUCUGUACAAUAAAGUGUGUAUG